AUGAAAGCUGAUGCAGGACCAGCAUCUGAGGUCUUUGGUGAGAAGAACAUGGUUCAAGAUCCAAAAAAGGAGUGCCUGUCCAAUGCUGGGAUCGAAAUGCUGCUCCUUACCCUCUUCUGUUUAACUUUUCUGAUCAACAGCAUCAAUGCGGAUUUUUUUUCUGAACUUUUUAAGUUCAGAAAUGAUCAGCAGAGCAGCAAUGCUGUAGAAUACACACAUAUCGAGUGUGGCCUCCGACCAUCUUACGAGUCCUUUCUGCAGACCGGCAAGAGGAUCACAGCGGGGAGAUACGCCAAGGCCGGGGAGUUCCCGUGGCAUGUGAGCAUCCAGACCAACGGGAAACACAUCUGUGGGGGCACCAUGAUCAGCGCGUUUUGGAUUUUAACUGCGGCCCAUUGCUUUGCAGAAAAGGUGCCACCAGAUCUCACUGUUGUAGUGGGGGGAACUGACCUCAGCCUCCCACUGGAAGAGCACAAGCCAGACAGCUUGAUCCUCCACCAAGGCUUUGACAGAAUGAGCAUGCAAAAUGAUAUCGCUCUGAUCCUGCUCAGCUCUCCCAUCGAGUUCAGCAAUGAGAAAAUCCCUAUCUGCUUGCCCUUCAUGUAUGACAUCAACAUCUGGCAGCACUGCUGGGUUGCUGGGUGGGGAACCAGAAGUGCAGCAUCCCACGUGCUGCAGAAAGCUCGGAUGAAGCUCAUCAGCAAGGAGCAGUGCUUGGAGCGGUUCCCGCAGCUGAUGGAGAACGCGCUGUGUGCUAAGCUGGACAAAGGAGAAAGAGGUGCUUGCCAGGUGGACAGCGGGGGACCUCUGGUUUGCAGCUACUGGAACACCAUGAAGUGGUUUCAGGUCGGCAUCGUCAGCUGGGGAGAAGAUUGUGCAGAAAAGCCAAACCAUGAGGUCCUGAUGUCAGUUUACAACUACCGCAGCUGGAUCGAGACUGAGACAGCCUUAAGGGGGAAACCUUUCUUCAUUGAAGGCACGGAUUAUGGUGCAAAGGGCUCGGUGAUUCCUUCUAGGGCUGAGACACAGCUGGUGUUUCUGGAGUGUUCUCUCAUUUUAUUUAUCACUGUAUUAGCUUUUGGAUUAUUCUAG